AUGACGUUCAGCCAGUCCAACAGUGUCACGCCUGCCCCACUCGACUCCGCUUGGCCCCCGGCCCACAUUUGGGAAACUAUGGGCGCGGCUGACCGUGCCAGUUGGCUAGGACAGAUACAGAGAGACAGGGCCAGGCGCCUUGAAAUGGAUGUAGCGGAGACAAACCUCCGCCACAGAAGGCCUCGUGUGGACCUGCAAGGUGACGAGAAUCUCGAGGAAAACCGUGAGCCACCCCCUGAAGUCAAACCACUCAUCGACAUAUUUCCGGGUGUCUCCGCCGCCCUUCUUACUCGCGUCUUCGAGAGGAAGUUGAAGGCGACUGAACUCAUACGCUUCAAAGAGAAGUCAGUCACCGAGCAAGAGGACCAGGAGGACAGGGUCUUCAAGAUGACCGAGUCGGGAGGCACAGUAGGCUUCAGGAAGGCAACGGCAUCGCUUAAGGACUGGGGCCCCAACCCUCAAACAUGGACGAACUGCUUCCUUACAUACCUAGCCGUCAUAGGAUAUCUCUUCGGCGAGAAACAUCCAAAGGCAGUCCCCAACCUACUUAUGUUCAUGAGGCAGAUCCUUGACCUCGCUCAAACAUAUCAGUGGUCAGAAGCAGUACUGCCGCUCGCCCUUAACUUCCACCAAUACACUCUGGAUAAAGGAGAGCUAUCGACGGAGAACAACUUCGUCACAGCCCCAUUUCGCGAAAAAUAUCUCCGUCACAAUUGCCCUGCCUGCGAAGUCACCGGCAAACCCUUCAGCCCGACCUCGUCAAACAAGGUCUACUAG